AUGAAAUUAGUAAAAUUGCCAUUUACACUAAGGAUCACGCGGGUCGUGAUCGAAGGUGUAGUAAAUAUUAACUUAGAAAAUUGUGCACUCACUAUGGAAGCGAAUAAAGAAAAUGUGUUCAAAACUAAAAUACCUUUGCCAAUGGGAGCAUUACCAGCGCUACCGAUACGUUUAUUAGUUGAGAAAAAAAUCUUACUAAAACAAGGUAAUGUGCCUUCAAGAAUUCCUUUUAAGACAUUAGGGAACCAAAUAUCUCCAAAGGCGGGUCCAAGCGAGAGUUUUCAUAAACCCAAAUCGUUUAGAAAUAUUGAUACAAAACAUGUUACUUUAAGACAUAGAAGUGAAGACUUGGAUUGGAAUUAUAAUGUUUUUAAAGACAAAGAAACUUCGAAUGAGUCUUCAAGUAUUAUUUCUAUAAGUGAUGACGAAAUUUACCUAGAUCAAGAAAAUCAGCAUUUCUUUGUUGAUCAGAAAAACGAUUUGGGCGACGUAUUCUCUUCUGUUACUCCUAACCUGAAAGAUUGUUUGGCACCAAAUCGUGUGAGAAAUAUAAAAAGAAGUCUGAAAAGACCUCACAGUCGUGAAUUGCAAGGUUUGUCUCCUGUGCCAAGACAAGAGAAGUUUGGUGAUAAAGCAAAACGUCGUUUACCAUUCACUGAUCUGCAAGAUGGACUCCAGUCCCCCGAUCGUUGGAAGACAUCUUAUAUGAGGUGCUUGGAUCGGGACUAUAUAGUAGAGAUUUUUGAUUACUUGCUGAAUGUAGAGACAAAACCGCUAGAUGUACCGAAGACUUCAAGUAUAACUAGAGCGUGUGUCAUCAACUGGCUUAUGAGAGUCAAUGGCGCAGAUGGUAACCCUUCCACAAUUCAAACGGCUUGCUGGUACCUAGAUUCAAUUCUAGGCACGGUUCAUGUGCAACUGGACAAGUUGCAACUAACUGCAGCUGCAUGUUACUGGAUAGCGCAGAAGUUUCACGGGCCAGUAACCCCUGCAGCCAAACUGGUGAAGUGUGCGAACAAAGCGUUCACAGCUGACAAGCUGCUAAGCGCUGAGAAAGCUGUUCUUAAGAAAAUGAGAUUUACUCCUCAACCAGUCGUCGUGCAAGACUUCAUAGGCUACCUCUCCUGGUAUUGUGAUCAAAAUCAUGGCGGUGAAAUAGAAGUAGCCGCCACAUUCCUUUACAUGUGUGGCUUGAUGGUAGAAAAGGUUCUCUGCGAUGAAUUCCCCUCGGUUAUAGCCGUCGCUGCUGUUAAGAAUGCUUUAUAUUUGUUGAAUAAGAAAGAAUUGAUGUAUUACCUGCAAAAAUGUCACGUAUUUAAGGCAGCAGAGAAGAAAGCUACGAAUUUGUCUUCAACGUGUUCAUUUCUUCGCCGAGCAGUUCGAACGGUGUCUUCUCCAAUUUACGAAUACAAAACUCCGCUGGAACACUACAGUUUUCCGCCCAGUUUUAUCGCGCAAAAAAUCGUCACCGUGGCUAACGAGCUUUCCGUAAUAGAUGUUAGGAAUACUGGUGGACGUUAUUAA